AUGUUUCUCUACAUUGUCACCGUGUUGACUGUGAUGGUGGGAGUGGCUCAGGCCGCCAACUGUCAAAAUCUCCCCCCAGGCUUGUCGAAGAUUGUAAAGGGUGUGGACAUCAGCAGACUGGACCUGCUGCCUCUAGACAACGCGGGGGAUAACGGAAUCUUGAAGCCGAUUUUCAGCAUCACUUGCGAUGAACAGAAAAAAUGGAAAAAUCCGAAAGGCGUGGAAUACGAUCUCCCUGAUAUGAUCACUAGCUUGGAGUCCAGACCUAUCGGCACGUUUACAUCAAAAGCAAACACCUACAAAGAUCACAAGGAAUUGAAAAACUCGAUGGCAGCAACUGUUGGUCUGGACGCUGCCGUCGCGCUUUUAGCCUUUUCAGCAAGUGCAUCAUACAAGAAACUGAAACAUUCCAUCGACAACAGCUCUAUCCUAACAUCCGAAGCAUCAGCAUUCUCAUCCGUGUAUCAGGCAGAACUCAACACUCCGGACUUUUUAAUAUUCGAGAAACAAGAAUCAGAAAUCAUCGCAGGCGCAAAAGCGUCUUUGGAUCAGCUAGGAUCUGGAAAGUUUGAUUUCUCAAAAGAAAAUUUGAAAACCGAUGAAAAUUUUAAAACUGCGACGCACAAAACAGUGAAGUAUUUCGGUGGGGAAACAAGCAACAAAGAAAACGUAGAUUUUCCAGCAUGGCAGAGUACUAUAGAGAAAAAUCCUUGGUUGUAUUCUGGUAAACUAGUUCCUAUCAGUGAUUUAAUUAAAGACGAAACAAAGAAGUCUUCCAUGAUUAAAGCUGUGAAAAACCAUUUAUUGAAAGGAUUUCUAGACGAACUUGAAACUAGUACGCAUUCUCUUUCCGAAAACUUCGACAACUUCAUUAUAAAAGAUUUAUGGAACAAAGCGAAGCUACUUCAGAAAAAUAAAAUCACAUCAGAAGAUGAUGUGAAUGCUUUGGCGAAAGCUGUUGAGGAUUACACCAAAAUUCCUUCAUGGUUUUCACACGACACUCAUAUUUGCUUUCAAUGGAAAGGUGCACCUGUUUUUUCAAAUUGCAAUAGUUUAACAACGGGAAGCAUCUGCUCGCAAGUAAACAACAUGACCGCUCGGUACCACGAUAACUCAAAGGCCAUGUUUGGUGGGUGUACAAUGCAGUGGAAAAUUCAGUCAAAUAACUUUCCAUCCUGGUUCAAUCAGGUGAAACUGUGCUUUCAAUAUCAACCAACUGGUAACGAAGGCCAAUGUGUCAGUGAGUCAAAGCAAAGUAUGGUAUGCGCCAACAUCAACAACUACACACCAGAGUACAUGGACGACACCGACGGCCGCAGUGGUGGAUGUAACAUGAGGUGGAAGCUUGAAGUUCCUCAGACAGCACCUCUGUGGAUGCAGGCUGUGAGGUUGUGCUUCUCAUGGAAAGCAACAGGCGACGCGAAACAGUGCGGUGUGGGGGCACCGAAUGACCAGUGUGUGAUCGGCAACAACUGGACGAAAUAUUACCUGGACGAUACGGACAAGAGGAGCGGGGGCUGUGACCUGAGCUGGGGUAUAAAAACACCUGUGUGA